AUGACUUCAGAUCAAGGCCAGGAGAGGAUAGCUGCAUUUCUGAGGUGGGCAUGUGUUUUUGAUCUUAUCUUUCAUGCUUUGGUCACAUGGACACUAUGCUGCCUGCCAGAAAGUCAGCAAAGUACUAGCGAGGCUGGAAAAAGACUUCUACAUCAUCGCCAACGCCUUCUCAACAAAAUCAAUGAGCAGCUCUCUCAGAGGAAAAUCGAUGAUGUUCUGAUCCAGGCUGUGACACUCCUGAUUCCGGUCGAUGAUCAUCUCGGUUACACAGAAUUUUCACAGGCACAUCUAGCUGGAAUCGAAACUAUGAUAGAAUGUCGCGGUGGUUUGGCUCUAGUUGGCAGUUCGGAACCCGCCAUCGGGGUACAACUUGCAACAUUGGUAUCCAUCAGUACGACUAAACUUAGCAUCAACACUUCACCGCAGAAAUUAUACGCCAAAUCCCCCCUCGUUUAUCCUUCUAUACCAUUCUCGCCGUCAAUAUGCGAGGAGAUUUCCAGACUCCCUUCAGGUUUUGCGGACCUCGCCCUGAGUGGGCAGAUCUCGAUAGAGAUGAUCCGCAUAAUUAUCGCAUUUGAUCUGUGGCUACAAGAUCUGAGUAACAGUCCUGACAGAACCGACCGGGGAGCGUGGCGGUUCACAGUGCCCUCUGGACUUAAUGAUAUAGAGAAGCACAUCUGCAUUGCUCUACUUUGUCUAGCAGACGAUGUGACAUCGAUGGGUCUAUACUAUGGCGCAUUGAUAUUCAGGAAACCUCAGAAGCGUGCAGAGUCGCUGUUUAACAAUGCCAGUUUGUGGCAUUCACAAGAACAAGCUGAUACUAUUGUAUGGCUCGCGACUGUCAUAACUACGCCUUUGAGACCUGAACUUGCCCCCUUCAAGGCUCGUCUGCUGCUUUAUGAGCGGAUUUUACGAGCCAGGCCUUUAUUGAAACAAUGGGUAAAUGUGGAGGUCAUCUUGAGAAGGUUUUUUUACUGUGAAGAACGAGAGCGGACAUGGAAAGAUAGCUGGGAAAGUGUCAACAACCAUAACAAGAGCUUUCCUCCCGUGACUAGCAAAACUUUGAUUCCUAUAUCAGAGGCUGCAAGUGUAUGA